AUACUCAAAUACAUCAUGUUUUCUGUUUAUUAUAUUAAAUUUCGAGUCAAACAUGCUGACGACUUUGCGGUUACGGGUUAUUAGAAUUGUUCAAAGCCGCAAUAAGUGGACACAUGCUGCGAAGAAAAUGAAACCGCCGAAAGGAAAUCCGGUUGAGAAGAGUUCCGUUUCGGAGCUCAAACCCUGGCCUUCUUAUAUUCAGGAGCGAAUCGACCUGUAUGAUAAACUGAAGGCAGAGUACGAGGCAGAAUUAGCGUCCAAGCAAACCCAGGAAAUAAAAAUUACUCUCCCUGAUGGAAAGGAAAUAACAGGCCAAUCAUGGCGCACAACUCCAUACGAAGUCGCCAAAGGCAUCAGUCCCGGCUUAGCAGACAACGCUGUAAUUUCCAAGGUCAACAAUCAAGUCUGGGAUCUGGACAGACCCCUCGAGUCCGACUGCAGACUCCAGCUCCUAAAAUUCGACGAUCCUGAUGCCCAGCAAGUUUUCUGGCACUCCAGUGCUCAUAUUCUCGGCGAGGCGAUGGAACGUGUCUACGGGGGCUGUUUGUGCUACGGACCUCCAAUAGAAAAUGGAUUCUACUACGACAUGUUCACCGGAGAAAAGGGAAUCUCCAAUCUGGACUUCCCCUACCUCGAGAGUCUCUACAAGAACAUCGUUAAGGAGAAACAACCUUUUGAAAGACUUGAAAUGAAGAAGGAAGAUCUCCUCGAGAUGUUCAAGUACAACGAAUUCAAGGUUCGCAUCCUGAAUGAAAAAGUCAAGACACCCACGACCACAGUUUACAGAUGUGGACCCUUGAUUGAUCUCUGCAGAGGUCCUCAUGUGAGACACACUGGAAAAGUCAAGGCAGCGAAAAUCACCAAGAACUCCUCAACCUACUGGGAAGGAAACGCAAACGCUGAAACUCUUCAGAGAAUUUACGGAAUUAGUUUCCCAGAUAGCAAACAGUUGAAAGAGUGGGAAAAGUUCCAGGAGGAAGCUGCUAAACGCGAUCACAGAAAAAUCGGAAAAGAACAAGAGCUCUUUUUCUUCCAUGAAUUGUCCCCGGGAUCUUGCUUUUUCCAACCGAGAGGUGCUCACAUUUACAAUACUCUAAUCGAAUUUAUCCGGGCUGAGUAUAGAAAGCGGGGAUUUCAGGAAGUCGUCACUCCUAAUAUUUACAACAGCAAACUCUGGCAAACUUCUGGACACUGGGAACAUUAUGCGGAGAAUAUGUUCUCCUUUGAUUCCGAGAAGGAGACUUUCGCUCUGAAACCGAUGAACUGUCCAGGUCAUUGCAUGAUUUUCGAUGUUCGUAAUAGAUCGUGGAGGGAACUUCCACUGAGGUUGGCGGAUUUUGGAGUCCUGCAUCGUAAUGAAUUGUCUGGAGCCCUGACGGGAUUGACUCGGGUCAGGAGAUUCCAGCAGGAUGAUGCUCACAUCUUCUGCACUGUUGAUCAAAUCAAGGAUGAGAUGCUGGGGGCUUUGGACUUUUUGAGACAUGUCUAUGGCGUUUUUGGGUUUUCGUUCAAUCUGGUUUUAUCUACGAGGCCGGAGAAGUAUUUGGGAGAAUUGGCUGUUUGGGAUCAGGCUGAGAAAGCUCUCGCCGAGAGUUUGGAUACCUUUGGAGAACCUUGGAGAGAGAAUCCUCAGGAUGGAGCUUUCUACGGUCCUAAAAUCGACAUCACGAUUACGGAUGCCUUGAAACGAGCACAUCAGUGCGCCACGAUCCAGUUGGAUUUCCAACUGCCGAUCAGGUUCAAUCUUUCCUAUGUUAGUGAAACCCAGGAGAAAAAGCGACCAGUGAUCAUUCACAGAGCAAUUUUGGGAUCGGUAGAACGAAUGAUUGCAAUUCUGACCGAAUCCUACGCUGGAAAAUGGCCAUUCUGGCUCUCACCUCGACAAGUCAUGGUAAUUCCCGUCGGUCCACUUUUUAAUGACUACGCUUUUGAAGUAAAGCAGAAACUGUGGGAAGCUGGCUUCAUGGCUGAAGUUGACAUCGACGACAGCGACACAAUGAACAAGAAAGUCCGGAAUGCUCAGUUGGCUCAGUUCAAUUUCAUCCUUGUCGUUGGAGAGAAAGAGAAAAGUGCCUGCACCGUCAAUGUGAGGACGAGGGAUAACAUCGUCCAUGGGGAAAUUGCAAUCGACGACCUAGUGAAGAAGUUUACCUCUUUUAAGGAAAAAAAGGAUCUUGAUUGCGAAAACACUUUUCAAAGCUAAGUUUUCUAAAGUGAAGGAAUUCAGCAUUUAGUUAGACAAUAUUUUCAUUAAUUUAUGAUACCAUCGAUCAGAUAUUUCAUUAAGUAUUUUGUAUUUUAUAUUUUAUAACACUCAGAAUUUCUUUUUGAGAGGUAGGAAGUGCUGUCAUCGAAAUGGAUUGCAAAUAUUGGAGUUUACAAUAAAAUUCAUUUGUGUGUGCAUUUGAUAUAGAAGCACUUUUGUAUUCUUUAAUGAACUAUAAAUAAAGGGAAUACGAACUAAACUUCA